UUCACUAAAUUUGGGCCUCAACUGUAAUUUCCUCAUAACUUUCAUCUUCCUCGCCUGAACCAUUUUCCCACUCCACCGGCGGCCACUUCUCUCUACCGGAGACUUGAGUAAAAGAUUGGGAUUUACGUUUGUACUUUGAGGUUACUGCGCAUUUUCACCUAUUGGUUCGAAUUCCGACGAGAGCCUCUUGAUUUUUGCUAUUUUGGGAACAAAUUUGUAUAGUUUGGAGCUUAAGCUUCCGAGAAAAAUACCGGGUUGCUUCCAGUUUCGCGGAAGAUGUCACUUUUCAGGCUCUCUAGAAGAGUCAAUCCUUUACUUUCUUUAAACAGGACUCAUCAUUAUCCACUUUCCACAUCCAGGGAAUAUCUUGAAAUUGUAGCGUCAAAAGAUAUAAAUCUUGGGGUAAUCAACAAUAAAUAUGGACAAAUCUUUGGUUUUGGAUAUCGAGGUUUCACAUCAAGAUGUGAGCUUAACAAAUCUACUCUUCACAACUGCAAAGGGCCCUCCUUUUUGAGAGGGCAGAGUACAGUUACGUCUUGGCCAGUGUUGAAUCUUCAUCAUCAUUAUGCAACUCAGGCUACUGCAACAGAGAAUAAAUCAAGGAAGAUGCUCUUUUAUUUGGUGGGUUUAGUUUUUGCUAUGGUAGGGGCUAGCUAUGCUGCAGUUCCCCUGUACAGAAGAUUCUGCCAAGCCACGGGAUAUGGAGGUACAAUUCAACGCCGGGAGAGUGUUGAAGAAAAGAUUGCCCGACACGAGAAAGAUGGAAGAGUUACUUCCAGGGAGAUUGCAGUACAAUUCAAUGCUGAUGUAGCAGACGGGAUGCCUUGGAAGUUUACUCCAACACAGCGUGAGGUAAGAGUAAAACCAGGAGAGAGCGCUCUAGCGUUUUACACUGCUGAAAAUCGAAGUUCGACUCCUAUUACAGGUGUAUCAACAUACAAUGUGACCCCCAUGAAGGCUGCUGUAUAUUUCAAUAAAAUACAAUGUUUUUGCUUUGAGGAACAGCGAUUGCUUCCUGGGGAGCAGAUUGACAUGCCUGUUUUCUUUUACAUUGAUCCUGAGUUUGAAACCGACCCCAAAAUGGAUGGCAUAAACAAUUUGAUCCUAUCAUACACCUUCUUUAAGGUCUCGGACAAAUAAAGAAGCUGCAUAGCUCCCGCCACCUGGGCAUGGUCACCACCAGAUAUGUAAUUUACUGCAGCAAUAACUUGAUUUUUGUGGCUGACAAGGGAAUGAACAGUGAAAACAUUGUUUCACCUGUAGUUUGUGUUAUUACUGGACCAAAAAAAAACUCAUUUAUCAUCCUACUGCAAUAAUUUAAAAGAUAACAUAAAAAUAUGAAAUGGCUACAACAAUUGUAGCCUUUUCUUUAGCCA